GGGUGGGGCAGAAUGCUGGAUGGCCAGCUUUUCUCCGAGGGGCCCGACAGCCCCCGUGAGCCCCAGGAUGAGGAGUCAGGCAGCUGCCUCUGGGUGCAGAAAUCCAAGCUGCUGGUGAUCGAAGUGAAGACUAUUUCCUGCCAUUAUAGUCGCUGUGCACCUCCUCGACAGCCCAUGGACUUCCAGGCCAGCCACUGGGCCCGCGGGCCCCAGAGCCGCACGUGUGGGCCGCGCCUGGGAUCCCCUGAGCCGCCGCCCCGCCGACCCUGGGCCUCCAGGGUGCUGCAGGAGGCGACCAACUGGCGGACGGGGCCCCCGGCCGAGGCCCGAGCUCGGGAGCAGGAGAAAAGGAAAGCGGCAUCGCAGGAGCGGGAGGCCAAGGAGACCGAGAGAAAAAGGCGCAAGGCUGGUGGGGCCCGAAGGAGCCCCCUCGGUCGGCCCCGUGCAGAGCCUCGGAACGCCCCUCGGGUGGCCCAGCCUGCCGGGCUCCCAGCUCCCUCACGACCAGAGCGCGUGGGGCAGGUGGGGCGACCGCCCCGUCCGUUGGCGCAGCUGCAGGGCGACCUAAGGGCGGUGUGGGUGGGGCCCUGGGGAGGUCGGCGGCCAGGGCCCCCAAGCUAUGAGGCUCACCUGCUGCUGAGAGGUGCUGCUGGGACAGCCCCGCGACGCCGCUGGGACCGGCCGCCACCCUAUGUGGCUCCACCUUCUUACGAAGGCCCCCACAGGACCUUGGGCACUAAGCGAGGCCCCGAGCCCUCCCAGGCGCCCGCCACGUCAGCUCCUGCUCCGACUCUAGCCAGGACAGAGGGAGGGUGCCCAAAGAAGAGGCUGGAUCCUCGAAUCUACCGAGACGUCCUCGGGGCUUGGGGUCUCCGACAGGGUCGGGGUCUCUUGGGAGGAUCCCCAGGCUGUGGAAUAGCCAGGCCAAAGCUGGAGUCUGGCAAGGGGGCUGCAGAGAAAAGCCUGGGGCUGGCUGCUGCUGGCGUGAACAGUGGCAGCGACGGCCACCCCCAAACCAAAGCUGCUGGGAGCCCAGGCACGGAGACAGCUUCUGCUGGGUCUGCAACUGCGACCCCCAGAGCCCCGCGUCCGGCUCCCAGGUCCAGGCCCCAUGUCAAGGGCUCCGAGGAAGGGAAAGAAAGUAGAGAACAGACCUGGCUCCCUAAAUGUUGGAUUCCCCCCCUUAGAAAGCAACCGCCGCCCCGACAGAGCCAGACCCUCCCCAGACCUUGGGCUCCAGGAGGCACGGGAUGGAGAGAGUCCCUGGGUCAUAGAGAGGAAGCGGGACUCGAGACCUUGGAGGGUUGGAAGGCCACCCGCCACGCACACACCCUGCCGCGCAGUUCCCGCGGCCUGGCUCCGGGAGAAGGCGUCUUUGUUAUUGACGCCACGUGCGUGGUAAUUCGGUCCCAGUAUGUUCCGACCCCUCGAACCCAGCAUGUGCAGCUUCUGCCCACUGGGGUGCCGCGCGUUGGUGGGGAGGCCCCUAGUCAAUCGAAGCGCAACAAGGAGGAGGGUGAGGGGGCCGCGGUCUUUCCCUCGCCUUGCCAAAAGCUGCUGUUGAGCAGUCGCCUUUCACAUCAGCCCGGUGCGGGGCAAGGGUUCGAAGCUGAGGGCGGGAAGCCCGCGGACUCCUCAUUGGAGGAGCGCGCCUCCCGCAUCUUGGGGCUCCCGGUUGACGAAGUAAACCUGCAGGACGCCCACACACAGCUAGGUAGCCCAGAGCACUCAGCCUUAGGCCCAGGGGCUUCGGGAGGCGCAGGCAGUGCCGAAGGCUCCGAUCAAGUGGCGGCCGUUCCGCUGCGCGCGGGCCGGGGCUGGGCACGGACCCCGGGGCCCUACGCCGGGGCCCUGAGGGAAGCCGUGUCCCGCAUCCGCCGCCACACCGCUCCGGACUCCGACUCGGACGAAGCUGCGGAGCUCAGCGUCCAAAGCGGCUCUUCUGAUGGAAGCGACACAGAAGCCUCUGGCGCCUCCUGGCGGAAUGAACGGACAAGGCCCCGGGAAGGCGGGAAGACAGCAGAGCUGAGCGACAGUAUCCGAGAGAUUCUAGACGUCAUCAGCCGAGCCGAGGAGGCCCUCUUCGGGGCGAGGGACACUAAGGGGGUCCCACAGGGAAAUAGGAAGCUGCAGUGAGAGGCCCUUUCUUGUUUUUGUGUUCCCCAACCCAGCCAUCCUAGGGCCAUGGUCCCCUUUCUUCCUCAAAAACUUCUUUGUACCCCUUUCUCCCACCCGUUCCCAUACUUGAAAUAGAAGCUUCCCAAAUAAAAGGGAAGGGAGCACAUGUCCGUUCAUUAUAUUUUUUUCCAGGAAAGGUGAGGGUGAGCCAUAGACUUAAAUAGGCUGCUCCAUUCAGGGUACUCCGCAAAGGUCUUCAGUAGGGGUCAAUGGACUGGUGUGGAGCUGAGCAAAGAGGCCUAGCCAGGGUCAGGUAGGAGGGCAGGGACGGCAUAGUCAUAGGAGGGCAGCUUCAGGGCAGGUGGAGCCUCUGGACAGAAGGGAGAGGCUAUGGACUGAGGUGACCGGGUGACCGAGAGGCCCUUGACAGAAGAGGUUCAGAAACAACCAAAAAGCAUUAAAAGUGUUCACUUUGGUGUCACAAGUCUUGGGUUCCAAUCCCAACUCUGACACUGACUUGCUGGGUGACUUUAGAAAAGUCACUUUCCCUGCCAGCCCUCCUGGCAUGUAAAAUGAUGGCAUUCUAAGGGCCAUUCCUGACGUUUUGGAGCCUUUCAGGAGGCUUCUAUUUCAUCCUCCCCUCCAGAAGCUAAGAGAGUUAGGAGAAAGUGAACAGAAACUGAGUACCUAGGGUGGCUUCAUCCUCAAUUCAAGAGACUGUUCAGGGUUUGCAGAAGAGCUGAGUAAGUGGCCGAGGGCUCCUAGCCCGAUCUCUUAGGUUUAGGUGAGGGCACCCAAAGGCAGGGCAGGAUGGCGUCCUUGUCACUGUCCCUGGUCUGUGGUGGUCUGAGCUGGGGAGGGAAGGCAGCCAGUGUAUCAGCUUGGGACCUCUCUAGGCCUUCCCGUUUUCCUCCUCCCCAAUGUUCCUUAAUGGCUCUCUGAAUCGUUACCACGGUUUCCCACCCAGGUUGUAUCACGCAUCUGAAAGGACCCUGAGAAUUCCUCGCAUUUCUGCCUCUUCCAGAAACAAGCCAGGGAAGGAAAGAGGAGGCUGGUCCCAAAAAGCCUGUAGGUGUGGGGUGUGAUACUCGCUGUAGCCACUAUGGGGCGCGCGCAGGUCGCAGAUUUCCCCGGUAGCUAGUGCCCGAGUUCCCCCUAUUCCGGCAUUGCCAGUUAAUCAAUUGAUCCCUUUACUGAGCGCGGGUCCCUCGCCUUGCCGCCUCUAGCCGUGCGGUCGGGAGCAGGACUCUGGCCUUCUAGACCUCUGGAGCGCGCCGAGCCCUUCUUUGUACUCAUCCACACCGACCCCCUUGGGACCCAGACACUGAAGUCUUUUUGCUCGCAGAUCUUGGACACCUCCUCUGUCUCAAUUUACUAGCCAUGUGAAUUUUGCCGAAUCACUUCACCUCCCUGAGCCUCAGUUUCCUCAUCUGUCACAUGGGGGUUUAUAAACACCUACCUCUCAGGGUUGUUGUGAGGAUUUUACGCGAUAAUGUAUGUAAAGCGUCUUGCACAGUGCCUGCACAGAGUAGGCGCUCAAUAAAGCUAAGUUGCCCUUU